AUGAAUUUUGGCGUCAUUGGCGGGCAGCAGGGUCCCAAGGCGCUCCUGGAUGCGGUGCAGCAGGCGGUCCGCGACGGCAACCUCGAAACUCUCCGUCGCCUCUCCAAAGAGUUCCUUGCAAUUAGCGACAACGUAGAGAAGUGCCGAGACGAAAAUGGCAACACUAUCGUCCACCUCGCCCUGGGCAAGAACACAACUACGCUCGAGUACGUCAUCAAGUCACUCCACGCGAACGUCAACGCCACAAAUGCGCAGGGGCGCACUCCUUUGCAUGAGGCAGUGACACAGGACUACAUAGCGUGCUGCCAGGUGCUCCUCGAUCACGGCGCAGACGACACCAUUCAGUCCACGACGCAGUCCACUCCUUUUCACACGGCCGCGGCGUGUGGAAGCAUCGAGGGCAUGGAGGUGAUUCUCCGCCACAGCGACAAUCCGAAGGGGAAGGUGAACGAGCUAGACCGGCAGCGUAGUUCUGCCCUGCACAAGUGCGCAUUUGACGGAGACGUGCGAGUGAGUCGGUGGCUGGUUGAGCACGGCGCCAACGUUGAUGCGGCCGACUCCACAGAUGCGACGCCACUCCUCAUAGCCGUGAGGAUGGGCCAGACAGAGGUGGCGGAGUACCUCUUGCGAAAUGGGGCGGACUGCAACCGGCAAGACCAGCAGGGCAACAGUGGCUUGCACUUCUGCGCCGUCCGCGGCGAUGUCAAGGUAGCCCAGCUGCUCCUUGCCGCUGGGGCCAACCCACGUUUGCUCAACGAGGAGUACGAUACUCCACUGCACAUCCUUGCCCGAAACUCGCGCCUUGACUCUGGGGCUUGGGAGAUGGGGGGAUUGCUGCUCAUGGCCGGCUGCGACCCGCUGCAGGUCAACGUGUCCAACAAGAAGCCGAGCGACUACGUCAGUCGCGGACUGAAGAAGAUGUUCACCAAGGAGGAAGUCGAGCAGCGGCUGCGCAGGGAGGCGCAGCUUCGGGAAGAUAGUGACGCCGAGCUCGCCAAGGCGUGGGAGCAGUGCGCGCAGUGGAAAACCAAAGUGCUUGAGAACAUCUCCUCACGGCGCUUCUUGGAGGCAGCGGAGGAUGUGCGGCUCGCGCGGGAGAAGGAGGAGCGCAUUCGCGCCGCCAACGACGCGAGAAUGACGUAUGACGAGGCGCUCGCGAAGUGCCAGUUCUUGGAGGCGGAGAUACAGCGGAAGAAGGCAAUGUUGGAGAAGACGCUCACAAAAUCCGGGCGUUAG